GCGCCGAGCCUCAGGUUUCCCCACAGCUGGGGAGGUGCCCGGAGACGGCGGCGGCCCCGGGGACCGAGGAUACUCCGGCCGGUCCACCCGGCGGGUCCGCAGCCAACCCCGCUGGACUUUUGUUUUCCUGCAUCGGUAACCUUGUUCCUGCCGUAGUCAAAGGGAGCGGGGCGGAGCUGGGCACAUCCCGGUAGGAUGGAGCCCGACGGUCCAGGGCACCCUGGUUAGAUGGCUUUUCAGGCGUCCCCCAGGGAAUGGAAGGCCUCGCUCCUCUAGGAACGAGAACGACCCAGACCCGGAGGAAACCCUGGGGCGGUCAGUCGGCUUGACUGCCCAGACCUAUUUUGAAACUAGCGACAGCCAGGACAGCUGUAACUGAUCCCCUGAUUUGCGCGCUAAUAUUAAGCGCCUUCCUAGCAGCAACCUCCCUCCUGUGUGCCUUGCGGGCCCACAGGCCGCUCCGAAAACAGGCUUCCUCAGGUAUCUCCAAGAAGCACUGGUCUCGUCGUCUGUUCGUCCAUUACAGCUUCCUUCUAGGACGUCCGCUUUGCUUCCCCACCACCCUCCCCUGUCUGAGGCUGCCCAGAAUCUCCUUCUUUGGGAAAUUCCCACUUGAGCAGCCGGGGUGUCUCAUAAUGAACACAGGCCCGCUUUCCCGGGUGGGUUGGCGGGGUCGGAGAAGCAAGCCUGCCGUGAGCCAGAGGGUGGCGGUUCGGGCUCAGCCUCCCGGCGCCCUACCUCCUGCGAGCCCACUUCAGCCCCCCGGCGGCAGCCUGUCCGCAAACACACGCCCACCCGCACGCUCAGCCCUGCCGCCCCGGAAAGGGCGGCGAAGGGAGCACUGAGCAUGCUCGGCGGGGAGGGCGGGUGCUUCCAAAGCGGACUCGGCGUCUCGGUCCGCCCGCUCGGAGCCGCGCCCGCCGCAGGCUGCGCCCGCCGGCCCCGCCCCACCCCGCCCCCCGCCGCUCGUCCCCGCCGCGGCCGCGCCGCCUGCAGCAGCCGCCGCUCCUCCCUGGCGGCCGCCCCCCGCGGGUCCCUCCCUGGCUGCGGUAGAGACGGAGGUGGAGGGAGGACACAGAGCCGCGCCGCCCGCACCGGAGACCUUCGCCUCGCCUUGCCUGCUCCUCGCCCUCUGGGAGGAACAUGGAUAAUCUCAGUGAUACCUUGAAGAAGCUGAAGAUAACAGCUGUUGACAGAACUGAGGAUAGUUUAGAAGGAUGCUUGGAUUGUCUGCUUCAAGCCCUGGCUCAGAAUAAUAUGGAAACAAGUGAAAAAAUCCAAGGAAGUGGAAUACUUCAACUGUUUGCAAGUCUGUUGAUUCCGCAGUCUUCCUGCACAGCCAAAGUAGCUAACAUCAUAGCAGAAGUAGCCAAAAAUGAAUUUAUGCGAAUUCCAUGUGUGGAUGCUGGAUUGAUUUCACCACUGGUGCAGCUGCUAAAUAGCAAAGACCAGGAAGUGCUGCUGCAAACGGGCAGGGCUCUAGGAAACAUCUGUUAUGAUAGCCAUGAGGGCAGAAGUGCAGUUGGCCAAGCAGGUGGUGCACAGAUUGUAGUUGACCAUUUAAGGUCACUGUGCAGUAUAACAGACCCCGCCAGUGAGAAGCUCUUGACUGUCUUUUGUGGCAUGCUGAUGAACUAUAGCAAUGAGAAUGAUUCCCUACAGGCUCAGCUUAUCAAUAUGGGUGUUAUCCCUACUUUAGUGAAAUUAUUGGGCAUCCACUGCCAAAAUGCAGCCCUUACAGAAAUGUGUCUUGUUGCAUUUGGUAAUUUAGCAGAACUUGAGUCAAGUAAAGAACAGUUUGCCAGUACAAACAUCGCUGAAGAGCUGGUAAAACUCUUCAAGAAACAAAUAGAACAUGAUAAGAGGGAAAUGAUCUUCGAAGUUCUUGCUCCACUGGCAGAAAAUGAUGCUAUUAAACUACAGCUGGUUGAAGCAGGUCUGGUAGAAUGUCUACUAGAGAUCGUUCAGCAGAAGGUGGAUAGUGACAAAGAGGAUGAUAUUGCUGAGCUCAAAACAGCAUCAGAUCUAAUGGUUUUAUUACUUCUUGGAGAUGAAUCCAUGCAGAAGUUAUUUGAAGGAGGAAAAGGUAAUGUGUUUCAAAGGGUGCUGUCCUGGAUUCCAUCAAAUAACCACCAGCUACAGCUUGCUGGAGCAUUGGCAAUUGCAAAUUUUGCCAGAAAUGAUGGAAAUUGUAUCCAUAUGGUAGAAAAUGGAAUUGUAGAAAAACUGAUGGAUUUAUUGGACAGACAUGUAGAAGAUGGAAAUGUAACUGUACAGCAUGCAGCACUAAGUGCCCUCAGAAACCUGGCCAUUCCAGUUGUAAAUAAAGCAAAGAUGUUAUCAUCUGGGGUCACAGAGGCAGUUUUGAAAUUUCUGAAAUCUGAGAUGCCCCCAGUUCAGUUCAAGCUUUUGGGAACAUUAAGAAUGUUAAUAGAUGCACAAGCAGAAGCUGCUGAACAACUGGGAAAGAAUGUUAAAUUAGUGGAGCGUUUGGUGGAAUGGUGUGAAGCCAAAGAUCAUGCUGGUGUAAUGGGGGAGUCAAACAGACUGCUCUCUGCCCUCAUACGACACAGUAAAUCAAAAGAUGUAAUUAAAACCAUUGUACAGAGCAGUGGCAUCAAGCAUCUAGUUACCAUGGCAACUAGUGAACAUGUAAUAAUGCAGAAUGAAGCCCUUGUUGCUUUGGCACUAAUAGCAGCUUUAGAAUUGGGCACUGCAGAAAAAGAUCUAGAAAGUGCUAAACUUGUACAGAUUUUACACAGACUGCUAGCAGAUGACAGAAGUGCUCCUGAAAUCAAAUAUAAUUCCAUGGUCCUGAUCUGUGCUCUCAUGGGAUCUGAAUCUCUACACAAGGAAGUACAGGAUUUGGCCUUUCUAGAUGUUGUAUCAAAAUUGCGCAGUCAUGAGAACAAAAGUGUUGCCCAACAGGCCUCUCUCACAGAGCAGAGACUUACUGUGGAAAGCUGAGAACUGCCCUUCCUUGAUACACGACAUCAUCCAGUCUCUGCUUUCCCCUCUGUUCUCCAUCCAGCUGCCUCUUCUGCUUCAUUCUCUCCCAUAUCACUUGUGCAUGCGUGUGAUGUUCCAAUACCAGCUGAUGAACUGCUGUAGGUACCUGCCCAAUAAGAUUUCUAAGUCCAUAGUUAGUGUGAACAUGAAUUUGUUAACAAACAAGUCUCCACCCAUAACUGUUCUCUUGUAUUCCUGUUGCUUGAGCUACAUUAAGUAGAAUGUGCAUGUUGUAGUCCUAUGAUGCUGUAAAACUUGGUACUACAUAAUGACUUGCUCCUCACACUUGGUAAACUACAUAAUAAUGUACUGGUAAAUUAGAAACAAGAAUGCAGCAGGAUCUGUCUAGCUUAUUAAAGGAGUGGAAUAAUAAAAAUAGCUCCAUUUUUUUGGUGCUUGGAAAGCACAGUGACCAAAAAAACUGUAUGGCUGCUCAUUCAUUAGUCUUACUUACUACUGUCAAAUCCAUGGUACCUAGAGUUGAAUAAAAUCCAGUGCUCUCACUCUUUACCCUAUGAUUUCUCCUUCCUAACUAUGUAGAUUCUUGAAAGUGCCACAAAUGUGGCAAGACUUCCUGAGGUUUUUUUAUUUCAUAUUUAAUUGUCAUCAAUAACCUAAUGUUGAAAAAUUUUGUAGUUUUCAACAUGAAACUAAGGGUUUGAAGAAUCUCUAUGACACUAGUACAUCUUGUUUUUGCCUGUAUUUUAGACUCGUUGGUAUACGUAAGGUUCACCUCAGAACUUCAUCUGUCAAUUCAUCAGCAGUGUCGAACACUUUAAAAGUUAUGUGGCAUGUGUUUCCAACUGAGGAAAUUGACUAUAGCACACUGAAGAAUGAAUUCUUAUUUUUUGCUGUUUUUCAUCAUUUAGCUUGAAAGCAAGAAGUUUCCUCUGUCAUAGUCCUUUUAAAUCUUAUAUUAGAACCUGAAGGACAUAGGAAAAGAUUAAGAAAUAAGUUUUUCUAGACUAAAAAAAGGAAGGUUAUAAAAGCCAUAGUAGCCAGUCUGAUUCAUUCUGCAGAUGGCUCAUACUACUAGUUUCCCACCUCCACUGACACGGAGGAUUGAAGAUCUUAAAGGCAAUCAGGAAAGGUGACAACAUCAACACUCAAGAAAUGAGAAGACCACCCCCCACCAACCACAUAUAGUAUACUCUUCACUGCCACCAAGUGGGUUUUUAGAGCUUUGAAACACAAUUUUUGUAUAUUAAUCAAAACAUCCCUGUGAUAUACCUACCUUCUGCCCAUGCCCAAGUCUGUCAAAUACCAGCUGAUGGGCUCUAGAAUGGGCUGGCACAGGUGACUGAAGCUCCUUCCUUUCCAACAUGAGAUGCUGUACAUCUCAGGGGGCUGAUAUUUGGACUUGUGACCCUGAAACAGCUAUAAUUCAAGAAAGUUAAAACCCGGUGGCGGUAAAGAAACUUUUGACUGACUUUUCCCUUUGAUGACCAAGAAACAGACCAUUAUUAUGAGUGAUUAUGCUAUACUUACUAUAAGAAUGAUCUUUACUGUCUUCUCGGCUGGAUAAUGGACUAUAUUUUAUAAUAGGUUUUGAAAGACAUCUGUAAUGUGGAAUAGGCUGUCCAUAUUAAUAAUUAAAUAAAUAGUAUAUCAAACUGUAA